AUUUGGAAAUUUGCGCCUUGGAGGACAGUUUGAAACUCUGCGCUAAAAUGAGAGGGUUUACGCUGAAUAAUUUUUGCCAGUGUGGCUUAUUUGCUUAUCUUGUCUUCUUUUCUUUCAUGUCUUUCACCGCCGCAGUCAGUUUCGACCUGACUGAGUUUAGGAAUAAAGUUGCCAAAAUCAAAGUGAAUCCAAGAGGCAAUCUUUGGGCUACAGGACAUUUCAUGGGCAAGAAGAGCGUGAUGGAUACUCCCCUGCUGCCUUCAGCUGAGAGGCAGAGUGUGGAUGCGCUGGAAGUCACCCUGCCUGCAGAGCAGAGAGCUCUCGUGGAGCUUUUCCAUGAGUUCCUGCGGGUGGCGUUGCAAGCGCAGGUGGAUACACAAGAGAGCCGCACGAAAGAUCAGGAGGAGGACAUGUUGGUGAAGAUUUUAGAAAACUACAUCCAAAGCAGAAAGUGAUACAGAAGGAUGUCUGGCACGCAUGGAUCCGAGGUCACCUGACCUCAUGGGUUAAAAUAAAUACAUCAGAUACAGUCUACAGUCUCCUGCUCAUCAUGAUUGUAAUUUACUGUAACUGUCAUACUGUUCAUGUGCCCUUUGCAAUGCACGUAAAGGUGUUUUAAAUUUAUGUUGAUGAUGAUAUUUCACAUUGUCUUGUCCUUUAAAGUUAUUUAUAUUAAAUAAAAUAAUUAUUUGCA